UUUUUGAAGCCUGAAGAUUGGUUUGGGGCAAUGAAACAGUGCAGAUGGAGGCCAUUUGGUACAUCCUGUCUCUACUGGCCCUUCAAGCCAUCCAAUUACUCCUCCUCUCCCCCUCCCCACCCCCACACACACCCUCUGAAUCGAGUAUUUCUCCAGUUCCUCACCUUUUGAACGUCCCUAUUGAAUCUGCUUCCGCCGCCCUUUCAGGCAGCGCCUUCCAGAUCACCACAACUCGCUGGUAGAUCACAAGAGUCAUGGAUGUCACCUUUCAUCUGUGUGCUGUGAUUCAACCAACAGUGAACCUUGCCAUCCUGGCAUGUUUGAGUCCUGCUUGGCCUGUGCACGCUCAAAUAAACUCAACCUCUGCUUUUGUUUUCCUGAUGAAGAAGGAGAAGAUUUAAGAUCCGUGCAGCCGUCUGGCUGAGAUUUGCACCAAGCCUGUUGGGCCCUUGUCAGAUGGGAGAAUGCGCCUCCCUCUCAAGUGCUGAGAGACCACAGCCACUCUCGCCCUCGCAGGGAGCUGGGGACGUCGGAGAGUGAAGCAAGCGCCCAAGGCCGGGAGCUUUUGGGAAUCGCAGGAUUCCAGCCUGUCCCAGGGCAGAUCCAGAAUGGCCCUACAGGGGAAGAGGAAAGAGAAGGGAAUAGUCACAGAGUAUGAUGCACAACUGAAAGAGAUCCGUGGCCAGUUAACUGACCAGAUGAAAUGCCUGGACUCGCAGGUGGAACUCCGAAGUCAGUGUCUGCAGGAUCUGUCCGAGUUCUUCCGCAGAAAGGCUGAGAUCGAAGUCGAGUAUUCCCGGGGGCUGGACAAGCUCGCGGAGCGUUUCUCAUCCAAGAUUCGCAACGCCAAGGAGCAGCAAGGAUUCAGGAAGGACCAGAAGCUGCUCUCUCCCGUGAACUGCUGGUACCUAAUCCUGGAGCAGACUCGGCAGGAGAGCAAGGACCAUGUGUCUCUGAGUGAGAUUUACAGCAACAACAUCGUGCUGCGACUCUCACACAUCUGCGAGGACGUUAGUCGACUGUCCAAGAAGGCAGUGAAGACAUAUCACAUGUACCAUCUGGAGAGCUCCAUUGCUGAGAGCAAGCUGAAGGAGGUCGAGAAACUGGCAGAGAAGCAGAUGGGAAAAUCAACCGAGCAGGGGGGAGGCCAGCCUGGAUCGGACAACAGGCUCCAGAGACGGAGCUCCCUACGCAAGAUCGAGAAGAUGAAGGAAAAGAGACAGGAACGGUACCUGGAGAACCAGCUGAAGUGUACCAAAGCUCGGAAUGAGUAUCUCCUGAACCUGUCUGUUGCUAACGCAGCCGUCAGCAGCUACUUCAUCCACGAUGUCUCAAUGCUCAUGGACUGUUGUGAGUUGGGGUUCCACUCGUCACUGGGCAGAACACUGAGGAUGUACCUGACAGCCGAGACCCGUGUGGAGAAGUCCCGCCGCGCUGGGCUGAACCUUAUCGGGACAGCGAUCGAUGGACUGGACCCACAGAGCGACAAGACCAAGGUCAUGGACCUCAACUAUAACGCCUUCUGCCUCCCGCACAAAUUCGAUUUCCUGCCACACGAUCAGGACAAGGUGUGUGAAGUCAGGGCAGUGUCAGCCGUCUAUCAGGAACUUCAGGCACGCUUCCACAGUCUUCAAGGUUCCCUGGCCACAGCCAAACUGGAGACAGAAGAGAUUAACAAGACUGUGAAAGCCACACUGCAGGCGUUACAGGAACUGGCAGCGAAUGAGGACUUGGAUCUUCCUGACGUCUUCCAGAGCAGCCGGUCCACUGAGUCGAUGAAAUCUGCCGGUUCCGACUCCUCCAUCAAAGCGAAUAUUGGCAAACGCCGGAGCAACCAACAGGACACGGAGACAUACUAUUUCACCAAACUGAAGGAGUUUGUGACUGUGACGGGCAGAAUUACAAAGCUCCAGGCGAAAUUCGAAGUGUUGAAACCAUCCGUGGAGAAGGGGAUAGUGGAGGACGAAUGCAGAUCCAGACUGCAGUCGACACUGGGUCGCUCUCAGAGACAGAGGAGGUCUCGGCCCUGCUCCCAGUACAAUCAGAACCUCUUCAGUGGGGACCUGCAGUUGUUCAUCAAGAGCUCGGGACAGCCUAUCCCCCUCGUUGUGGUGAGCUGUAUUCGAUUCAUUAAUCUCUAUGGUUUACAUCAUGAGGGAAUCUUUCGCAUCCCAGGGUCACAGGUUGAGGUCAAUGACAUCAGGAACGCCUUUGAAAGGGGUGAGGAUCCUCUGGACAUGAUGAACGAACACAACAUCGACUCUGUUGCUGGAGUUCUUAAACUCUACUUCCGAGGACUCAGCAAGCCCAUCUUCCCCACAGAAUCCUUCAUCCACUUUAUAACCUGUGUCGAGACGGAGAACAUGCUGGAGCGAGUCCAAAAGAUUAAGUCGGUGGUGGAUGACCUCGAUCCAUCAAUCAUUAUCGUCCUCAGAUAUCUCUUUGCGUUUUUAAACCACCUAUCGAGGUACAGUGACGAAAACAUGAUGGACCCCCACAAUCUGGCCGUCUGCUUCGGUCCGACACUCAUCACCGUCCCCCAGGACCAGGACCCCGUCUCCUGCCAAGCCCAGGUCAAUGAAGCGAUCAAGACCAUCAUCCUGUACCACGACAAGAUCUUUCCCCGGCAGGAGGAGCUGCAGGGACCAGUCUAUGAGAAGUGCAUGACCGAGGAGGGAGAUUACUGCGCCAGUCUCCAGAGUGAGCCAGUGACAGAGGAGUGCGACCAAGACUCUCUGCUGGAAAUACACGUCAGCGAGGAUGAGGCACAGGGAUCCGAUAUCCGAGCCGUGGCCAAGUUUGAUUACUCAGCGCGUUCCGGGAAGGAGCUGUCGCUGUGUAAAGGGGAACCGCUGCUGCUCUUCCAGAAGGUGUCCGACGACUGGUGGACAGGCCAGAGUGGAGGGGUCAGGGGACUCGUACCGCACAAGUACAUCGAGGUGACGGACACCACUGAUGGUUUACUCGAUGUUCCCAGUGACUCUGCGAAUGAACAGGCUCCAAGCGAGGAAGCAACAGGCAGCAGCAGACUCGCACCGUUGAGUGACUCUGACAGUGAUCCAAUGCUCAGGAAGAGGAGCGGUAGCAGUCCAGUGAGGAAGAUAUCCACUCUGUUUGUUGAUGGUGCUGCGCGAAUCCCAGCUUCUCAACCCAGUCCACACAAAAUGUUGCCGACCCGCUCUAAUGCCCCGGAUGAGAGGCACAGUGUUUCUGUCGCGAUUCAGGAGAGAAGGAACACGUUGGACCUAAUGCAGCUGAGUCACAGGCCAGACCGGACUGCAGCCAGCAAACUGGACCGGCAACAUUCUGAGAAACCAGCCUCGGAACUCAGCAAGGAGAUCGUGAAGAACAUGGAUUCAGUUUUCCGGGAGCUCUUGCAGUGCAAGCGUCUCAAGACCAGCGGCGAGGAACCCCAGGACCCCAGCAAAGCUGAAGGCCUCUUGGGCCAGGGGGUCACCCUGCGCAGGAGCAGUAGCGGGGCCUUGGAGAAACCCGCAAGCAAACAAGGCACCCCUUCCAAACCCAGCAUGAAGUCCAGGGCCGCUGCCCUCUUCAAAUCGUCGGCGGGGGGCACUGCUGAUGGGACCCCCAAGGUAACCUCCUGAGGAAGGGUGUGGGCACGGGAGGAUCAAGCCAAGAGACUCACUCCAGAGGCAGGAGGGAGCCCAGUGCCAUGAGUCCGACCAUCCACUGGCGACCCUGCCAGACACUCCGAGGACACACAAAUCAACCACCGCUUAUCUCUCAGCAUGUUGCCAAUAGAGACGGCGUUCACAGCAAAGGGAUUGUCGCCCCCAUCCCCUCCCCCGCGUUUGCUUCCUCCCUCGCUCACCAACUCUCACACUUCCUUGCUCUCCCCCUCCUCAAUCCCUCACUCCAUCAUUCACACCCUCCCUCCCUCCUUACUCCCUCACUCAUACCCUCCCUUCUGCCCUCUCUCAUUCCUCAUUCACUGCUUGUCUCCUUCCCUCACUUACUCACUACCUCCCUCCCUCCUUCACUCAUUUGCUUCCACACUCUCUCCCACAUUCAUUCAUUCACUCGCUCCCUCCCUCAGUGACACACACCCUCCCUUCCUCACUCAAUCGCUCCCUUCCUCAUUCACUCACUCACUACCUCCUCCCUAACUCACUCAUUCAAUCCUUCUCUCCCUCACUCACUAACUCCCUGCCUCAUUUGCUGCCUCCUUCUCUCAGUGACUCACACCCUCCCUCACUCACUCAUUCACUCCCUCACUCUCAUUCACUACCUCCCUCCCUCUUUCACUCACUCCCUCAUUCCUUCCCUCACUCAUACAUUUAGUCACUAUCUCCCUGCCGCUCUAUCACCCACCCUCAAUCACUCAGUCACUAUCUCUCUCCCACUCACUCACUGCCUUCCUCGCUCAUUUAUUUAUUCCCUCCAUCCUUCCCUCACUCCUUAACCCGCUCACUCUCCGUCUCACUCGCUCAUUCUGUCUCUCCCUCACUCACUUGCUCACGCUAUUCCUCACUUUCACACUCACUCAAUCUGUCCUCUCUUCCCUCUG